AAAUAGGUUUCUGUUUCUGUUUUUACGCUCCCUUCCAUCGUCUCUUGGUAUUCAUUCCAUCUACGCUUUCACCCAAAACCAUCCGACUUUGCCAUCACCCAAAACCACCGACCUUCCACCUUCCGGCAACUCGGCACCGUCCUUCCUUUUUUCUCAAUCGUUUAGUUCUGUUAUGCUAGCAGAAGUCGUUUUCAAACAAAAAUAGAAGGGAACACUCCUCUUAUUGUGGAUGUCUUUUAGGCUAUUCGAUUCUCUAGCUGGGUCAAGGUUAUCCCAGAUGGUUUAACCAGAGCACAAGCAAUUGGGUUGGUCACAAGUGUGGAUAGUGUUGGUUGAGAUUGCAAUGAUACCAUAACAGAGGGGAAAGGGAACUAAUUGGGCAAUGAGAAGAAGAAUGGUUAGACUCACAUAGAAUAGGGGAUUCGCACCCUUGAGAAUGAAAACAGAGCACCAUUUUGGAACUAAAGGUUGGAGGGAUCAGAGUGCUGUUUCAGAAGAAAAGUAGAGCACACAUGCAUCCAGAAGAGAAUAGAGUUACUAUUUGUUGUUCUUCAACAUAUGCCAUGUCAAAUGCCAGUAGGAGAUUGGUUGCUUCUGAUAAAUAUGAAAGAGUUGGGCCAGAUUUCUUUGGUUAUUAUUCAUCUGAAGUAGUAAAUCUAUUGUCACGAGAUGAGGAUAUUUUACCUGUCACUACCCGAAUAUCUGAGCUACCACAGAAUAAAUGUGGCGAGGGAGGAAAAAGUUUAGUUAGCGACAGUUAUAAUUUUUCUGGUCCAUUGUAUAGUAAUGGUGUUGGAACUGGACUAUCAGAUUUUGAAAUGGAUAGAUUAAAAUUACUGCUCAGACAGAGUGCAGUUACUCUUUCAUCAGAAGUUGAUGAGGUGGUGGACCCUGUUUUUUCUAUGUAUCGUUUGCAAUCUGGGCUAAGAAGUAAAACACAUUCCUUAAAUCUUACAACUAUGACAUCUGAUGAUGUACUGCAAAUUCCUCCUAAAAAGCAAAAAGUGUCCUCACCAUCUCCUUCAGCUAGGCCUGGCCCUCUUGCACAAACUAGUGACGUCAAUCACCAAAGCAGUAGGAAGGUGAGUGAUGAUCUUCAGUUCCUAUUGGAGAAUGAUAGUGUGGAGGUUGAGGAGAUGGUAAAGAAAUAUUCUGAUGAACUCUCUGGAACACUAGGGUAUAUGGAACAACGACUUGAGUUGCUUCUCGAUACAGUGAUGUCAAAGUGCAGGUCAAUGACUCUUGGUGAGAAACAACAACUACGUAGAUUAAUUCAGAAGCUACCUGCAGGAAAUCUUGACCGUGUGGUGGAGAUAGUUUGUCGAAAUAGACCAGUAGAAGAACAAAGUUUUGACAAAAUAUUUGUUGAUUUAGAAAAAGAGGAUAAUGCUACACUUUGGAGACUUUAUUACUAUGUUGAAGCUGUUGAGAAAGCCAAAAGUCUUUCUUGUAGUGAAGAGACCUAGUUUCAGUGGAAGUCUAAAUUUCCCUGGGAAAAGCCUCAACAGUAAUUGUAGCUCAUCAGAACUCACCAAUAGAUUUUUUUCAUCUUCCUAACUGAAGAAUUGCAGUCUUUACAGGCUGUGAUAGCAGGGACUACAAAUACCAAUGAAGUAUCUAUUCGGCAGGACAAUGCGUUCACGUAGCUGUAAAUUUUGAGAAAUUACUCGCCAUUUAUCAAUCCAGAUUGUUAUAGGAUCUAUGUUUUGAAUUGUAGCUGUAUCAUGUAUUGACAGCAAAAUUUCAGUUACCUUUUUUGAAAGUUAAUAGUAGUUAGUUGUAUCAUUUUCUAUAUGCUGUUUUUUUUCUA